AUGGAGGAGAUAAAUCUCAGGCCUGCCAUUAUUGAGAUGUGGGUUGAGUAUUCAAUCGGCAUGCUCAUCUUAUGUGUCCGACUCUUUGCUCGACUUCAACGGAUCAAGUUUACAAAGUUUCAUACUUGGGCUGUGGAUGAUUGGCUUACAAUUCCUUGUGGUGUUCUAUUUACUAUGGAAGUUUCCAUGUGCCAGAUCAUAACGUCAAAAGGCAGCAUCACCGGCCUGACCAACGAAAUCGCCUCGAAAUUUACACCUAAAGAAUACCAAAGUCACGAGAGCGGAGCUAGAUGGUUGUUUGCGGCGUGGUAUAUCUACGUCAGCCUGAUCUGGUGUCUCAAGGCCAUGAUGCUUUCGCUUCUAUUCAGAGUCACCAAGUCCCUCCCUGAGGAACGCCUCGUCAAGCAAGCCUCGAUCUUUACUUUCAUUUGUUAUCUGAUCACACUCGGUGUUGUUUCUGGUCAUUGUUGGCCUGUCCACAAACUAUGGCAGGUUUAUCCUGUUCCAUCAGCUGAUUGCUCUCAAAACCGAGCCAAAUACUACGCUCUUGUCACGACCAACGUUGCGACCGAUAUCAUCAUCAUGGCUCUGCCUAUUCCGUUACUAUGGAAGCUACAAGUCAACCUGAGGAAAAAGCUUGUUUUCGGCUUGGUAUUCUGCGGCGGUAUCUUUAUUAUUAUCUGCACGCUUCUUCGCUGCAUUAUCUGCCUCAACGCGCCGGAAAGACUCGAUCUUGGUAUUAGCUGGUCGAUCCGUGAGACAGUUGUCGGAAUCAUCGUUACAAACGCUUCAUCGAUCAAACCCCUCUUUACCGGCCGCAACUACAGCUCCAACGACAGCUCCAACCCGACAUCUGGCCACCUAGCUUUCUCGCAACACGGUACUUCACACAAGAUGUCUCGAAUGGAAAGACUAGCGGACGAGAGCAACAGUGGUAGUCAAGAGUGUAUAGUUGGUGGGAGCGGCAAGAACCAGACCACGGUUGUCGCAGAUGACAACAGUUCAGAUCACAAGUCUGAUCACAAGUACAGCGGACGGAUUCAUGUUACGACAGAUUUUCACGUUUCAUAG